AGGGCUGCGGGCGAGAUGGCGGCGCUGGGCUGUCUUCGCCUCCCUCGGCGCGGAGCCCUGGCCUGGCGGCCCGCUGCCGUGGCGCCUGUUCGCAGCCGACUGCUCCAUCAGACGCCGGUGGCUGACCAGGCCGACAGCUCUGUCCAAGUCCAGCAAAAGAGCUCAGCCAUCGUGCAGAAGAAGUCCUACGUCCCCAGCAGCAGGGGUGAAUACAUUGUCACCAAACUCGAUGACCUGGUCAACUGGGCGAGAAGGAGCUCCCUGUGGCCCAUGACGUUUGGCCUGGCCUGCUGCGCCGUGGAGAUGAUGCACAUGGCAGCUCCUCGCUACGACAUGGACCGCUUCGGGGUGGUGUUCCGAGCCAGUCCCCGGCAAGCCGACGUCAUGAUCGUGGCUGGCACCCUCACAAACAAGAUGGCCCCGGCUCUUCGGAAGGUCUACGACCAGAUGCCAGAACCUCGCUACGUGGUCUCCAUGGGGAGCUGUGCCAAUGGAGGGGGUUACUACCACUACUCCUACUCCGUGGUGAGGGGCUGCGACCGCAUCGUGCCGGUGGACAUCUAUGUGCCAGGUUGCCCACCUACAGCUGAAGCUUUGCUGUAUGGAAUCCUGCAGCUUCAGAAGAAAAUCAAACGGGAGAAGAAGAUUCAGAUCUGGUACAGGAAAUAGCCUCUUAUUUAUGACCCCCCCCCUUGCUUGCUUUCAUACGCACAAUCAACCCGUGUCCUCACACGCCUUCUAAUAAAAGUCUACCUGGUUAAGACA